AUGAAGGUCCUCAGCCUCAACUUCCUCACUUGCGCAGUCAAGGCCUGCAAGUCCUCUAAAGACUCAUACCCUCUUCACCCAAAGGACGCUGAACUUGUCCAAGACGAUAUUGAGUUGAACCCUGACAUGAUCCUCAACGUGCUGCCCCGUCUUGACUGGACGGCUCUUUGCACAACGGCCUCUGAGUUGGGUUUCCCUCAGCUCCCUGAACAGCCUCCCACAGCAGUUGAGCUUCGAGCUGAUGAGAAGACCCUCAAGGAUCUUCACCAUCUUCUUCUCGAGACUCAAAUGUCUGAGGGAAAACUCGUUUGUGGCAACUGUGGGCACGAAUACGCCGUCAAGGAGGGUAUUGCCAACUUUUUGCUGCCCAGCCACCUGGUGUAA